AUGGCUUCGCAGGCGAUCGAGGAGCACCGGUCGGGCGCGGAGGUGCACACGGAGCUGUGCGAGGCCAGGGCCCGCGAGUUCCUCGUCGAGCUGGGCCUCCCCGACGGGCUCCUCCCGCUGCCGUCCCUCGUGGAGGUGGGCUACAACCGCGCCACCGGCUUCGUGUGGCUCCGCCAGGGCCAGUCCGGCGGCCUCACCCACACCUUCGACGCCAUCGGCAAGCAGGUCUGGUACGCGCCCGAGGUGACGGCCGUGGUGGAGCGCGGCCGGAUGCACAGCAUGACCGGGGUCAAGAGCAAGGAGCUGCUCAUCUGGGUCACCAUCUCCGAGAUCGUCAUCAGCCCCUCCGGCUCCAAGAUCGUCUUCCGCACCCCCGCCGGCCUCGGCCGCGCCUUCCCCGUCUCCGCCUUCCAGCUCAACCCGCCGGCGCCCGAGGCCGAGGCCAAGGCCGCCGAGGAGGCCGCCGCCAACUGA